UCCCUCUCCCUCCUCUACCCAAAACCCUCGCCUACAUCCGCGGUCCGCCCCCUCCCGCUUCCUGCCAAAACCCUCUUAUCUCCCUCUUCCCUCCGGUUUCGCCCUAAACCAUCGACCUCGUGGACGAACCUUCGGGAUGCAAUCGCCAUCAUAGCUAGCUGAGAAGGCAACCACGAGAUUGCGGCUCACAGAGACCCCCGAAACUCCCAUCUUUUUCAUCCUUCCGCUCCAGCCCUACUAGUAACCAGUGAGGAAGGAUUCAGCUUGAAUCCCACUUAACACCGGCUACCAAACAGCUUAGCAGGCAAAUAGCUCCUUCGGCCUGCGUAGCGCGGAUGACGGCAACCGAUAUGCCGACCUUUGACGUGGGAGAACCUCUGGAACGGUUGUGCUCGGCGGACCCAGCUCUCUUCCUUUCCCCAUCAUCGGAGUUAUCCGCUCAUGCACGUGCCGCUUCUCGCCAUCUCUUCACCUCCCUUCUUCCUUACUGUCCUAAACCCCCAUUGGACGACCUCCUCACUGACGACAGCUUUGAUGCUGAGCAGAUAUGGACCCAAAUUGAUAUCCUAUCUCUGCCCAUUCUGUCCUUGAUUAGACGUGAGAUCAAGCGUUUGGAGCGUGUGGCACCAGUCGUUGAUGGCGUUGAUGCCAAGGAAAUGGACGGAGAGCAGCAAAACGAGGAGGUGAAGGAGGAUGAUGGGGAUGAGGAUGAUGAUGUGGGUGAGGAGGAAGAGAAGUAUGAUGACGACGAUGAGGAUGAUGAUGCCGUGGAGGAGGACAAGGGGGAUGGAAAAAGCAGUGGGACUGGAGUGGAGGACAAGUUCUUGAAGAUUAAGGAGCUGGAGGAUUUCUUGGAGGAUGAUGAGGCAAGGGAGUACGGAUAUCAGAAAAAGGGUGGAAGAGAAAAGUUGAAAAAGGUGGAAAAUCACAGCAAUGAGGAUGCCAUGGAUGCUGACGAAGACGAAGAGGGAGAUGAGGAUGAUGCAGAGUUUGAGGAUUUGGAUGGUGAAGAUGAAGACGUGGAACUUGCAAGGUAUGAAGAAUUCUUUGGAGGGAAAAAGGGCAAGGCCAAGAAUGCAAAGGGUGUUUUAAAUGAUAAGGAGGGUUCAGAUGGAUCCAAGGAAGGAGAGGAUGAGAUGGAUAUUAAUACAAAGAGUGGCGAAUACUUAUCGACUCACGAGAAGCAAUUGUUGAAGUUACACUCUAAAAUACAACAAAUGGAGAAAGCUAAUUUGGAACCCAAGAUGUGGACCAUGCAAGGAGAGGUUACAGCAGCUAAAAGGCCUAAAAACAGUGCACUUGAGGUAGACCUUGAUUUUGAACAUAAUGUAAGACCACCUCCUGUGAUUACAGAGGAAGUAACAGCUUCAAUUGAAGACCUAAUCAAGAAAAGGAUCAUUGAGGGUCAGUUUGAUGAUGUUCAAAGGGCACCCGAAUUACCAUCAAGAGCUCCAAAAGAGUUUAAAGAGAUGGAUGAAACAAAGAGUAAAAAAGGGUUGGCUGAGAUAUAUGAGGAAGAAUAUGCACAAAAGGCGGGUCUAGCCUCUGCUCCUCUUUCCUCUACUGAUAAGCAAAAAGAGGAGGCAAGCUUUUUAUUUAAAAGGCUCUGUUUGAAGUUGGAUGCAUUAGCUCAUUUUCACUUCGCUCCUAAACCGGUUAUUGAAGAGAUGUCAAUAAAGGCAAAUGUUCCAGCUUUAGCUAUGGAAGAGAUAGCGCCAGUUGCAGUUUCAGAUGCAGCUAUGCUUGCUCCUGAGGAGGUGUUUCAAGGAAAAGGCGAUUUCAAGGAAGAAGCAGAGCUAACGCAAUCUGAUAGGAGGAGGAGAAGAGCAAACAAGAAAAGAAGAUUCAAAGAUCUCAGCAAUCUGUCCAGAAGCAGAGAUGCAAGCGCUAAGAAAGAAUCUUCAGCUCUUUCUGCAAGUCGAAAGGCUGCCAGGACAGAAUGACUGGUUCACGUGUAAGCUGAAGAGUAUAUAUUUAAAUGUAUUUUAUUUUAAUUUUAUUUGAAUUUAGGCAAUCGCAGCUGUCUACCGUAGAAUGAUUUUUAUUUAUUUAUUAUUAUUAUUAUUUAGUAUUUAUGUAUUUACAUGCUUGACACCUAAACUUCAAAUUUUGCAUUCAUGCCAUCUUAUGUAUGCAUGAAAGAGGGUGCUGGAUUUGUAAAUAGCACUGUUUUGGGUGCCAUGUAUGUAAUUGCCCCUGCAAUUUUGGGAUAAUUUCAUGCAUAGCGCCCGAGCAUAUUGCUAUUUACAAAAUCAAGCACCCAUGUGAUAUUUUGAACUAUGGAAGUCACAAUCAUUUGAUAAA